AUGGAUUUCCUCAAAUCAGCCGUAGCCUCUGCCAUCUCCAAGGACCCUCCUUUUCCUUACAAGUUUGGUGACAGGUUGACUGUAGAUCAGUCAAUCUGGGCUCUACAUAACGGCACGAAGCGAGAAAAUGGGUCGGAUUGCAGCAUCUUCGCAUUCGAUGUUACCGCAGAUAAAUCCCGCUUACCACUCGCUCGGAAUGCAGUACGAAAGAUGCGAACAUUGAGGCAUCCGGGAGUGAUAAAAGUCUACGAUACAGUCGAGACAGAGACAUACAUCUACGUUGCUACCGAGAGAGUCACUCCUUUAGAAUGGUCAGCAAGACGUAAAAGCCUGAGUGUAGAAACUUCGAAAUGGGGCCUCUUCAGUAUUGCAAAUACGUUAUCAUUCAUCAACGACGAGGCUUCUUCUAUACAUGGAAAUGUUCGCCUCUCCUCGAUCUUCACCAGCCAAAGUGGAGAAUGGAGACUGGGCGGGCUAGAGGUGCUGAGCUCCCCAGAGGACGACGAUGCUCUCAUCUAUAGGUAUGGAAGCUUUACCCCCAACUCUGGACGGUACGCUCCUCCUGAAAUUGCCAAAGCAAGUUGGGACGCGAUUAAACGGCAUCCGCUUUCCGCAAUCGAUUCAUAUAAUUUCGGAAUACUGGUGUUUGAGGUUUUCAAUGGCAGUUUUAUCACUGCUGAUCAAGUCGGCCAAACAAAAAAUGUGCCGCCAAGUAUGCAUCAAAGUUACAAGAGGCUGCUGAAUGCCAACCCUAAGGCAAGAUUAAGCGUUUCUCACUUUCGGGAUCAAGGGAGGCGUAGUGGUGGGUUCUUCGAGACCCCACUGAUCAAGCUGUCGGAAGGCAUCGAUAGUCUUGGCUUGAAGAGUGAGGGCGAAAGAGAAGAAUUCCUGAGCGAGCUAGACGAAGUCGCGGAAGAUUUUCCCGAGGAAUUUUUCAGCGUGAAAGUACUUCCUGAGCUUCUGAAAUCCGUAGAAUUUGGAGGCGGAGGACCUAAAGUCUUCGCAUCUGUGAUGAAAAUAGGAAAAAAGCUCUCUGACGAAGAGUGGGAGUCAAAGAUUACUCCCGUUAUUGUCAGACUGUUUUCAAAUCCGGACCGAGCAAUACGAGUUUGCUUGCUUGAUUGUCUUCCCGGUAUGAUUGAUCACCUAUCUCAGAAGGUUGUCAACGACAGGAUCUUCCCACAGAUGGUCACGGGUUUCACAGACGUAGCACCACUGGUUCGUGAACAGACAGUCAAGGCCGUUCUGACGAUUAUCACCAAGCUCUCGGAUCGAACUAUCAACGGAGAUUUACUAAAGCAGCUUGCAAAAACCUCGAAUGACGAGCAGCCUGGAAUCCGUACUAAUACUACCAUAUGUCUUGGGAAAAUAGCGCGUCAUCUGGGUACAAGUACGAGACAAAAGGUUCUUGUCGCAGCUUUUGCACGCUCACUGCGAGACCCUUUCGUACACGCACGCAAUGCAGCCCUGCUUGCACUCGCCGCAACCUUAGACCUGUUCACUGAUGAUGAUUGUGCUACUAAGAUCCUGCCUGCUCUGUGCCCGUCGUUGGUGGACAAAGAGAAGCUUGUUCGUGAUCAAGCAAACAAAUGCUUUGAUGUCUACCUUCAGCGUAUACGCAAGUAUGGAUACUCACUUCCGGACACAGUCUUGCCACCACCUGCCAUUGUGGUAGCUAAUGGUGCUGUCCCACGUAUGGGCACGCCUCAAAAUGACACGCCAGGAUGGGCUGGUUGGGCAAUUUCGUCCUUUACGAACAAAUUGGCCACCGCUAGCGGUGACAUGCAAUCGAAAGCUGUGAAACCUCAGCAGGCAAAGAGUGACAGAUCAUCAUCUGUUCCCCCAGCGGCAGAUUCCUCUCAUCCUCCACUUUCAGCAUCAGCAUCCAUCCUCCAUCGCCAGUCUGUCACUGGCACAUCCACCCCUGCUCGAGUGCCAACGCCCACUGAGCAGUGUUUCAAAAAUCCCAUCGAGGAUGACGAGGACGUUGACGAGGCUUGGGGUGAAAUGGCUGAAAAUUCCUUCUUCGACGCUCCAACGGAAACUAAGCCAAAUCCAGCUCCCCCAAUCAGCUUUGACGAUGGUGGCGAGCCGGAUUUUGAGGGAUGGUUGAAAGCGCAGGCUCAGGCUAAGUCUAAAGCACCAUUGCCUAAGGGAUUGACCAAGCCUUCCGCCAAUGUCAGCAAUGUUAGCAAUGGCAGGCAAGCUGUCACAAGAACUACUACUACUGGAAGCGUGGGCGCGGGAGUCGGCGCAAAGAAACUGGCGAGUACCAUUGCUAAGCCCAAACCUGCGACUACCAAAGCCAUCAGCACGAAGCCGAAAGAAGUGGAUGAUGAUUGGGGCGACGCAUGGGACUAG